AUUAAUUUACUUAGUUUUUUCAUGUUUACUCCCUCUACCUCUAUAAAUAGAUACGAGUGCCAAAUACAAGUUUGUUCAUUAACAGGAUAGUAAAUUCAGGUGAAGAUUGUAGCAAGCAGUAAUCAUGAACAAGACACGCUUUGGAUUUUUCUUCAUUUUGCUUAUUCUCCUUGCUUCUCAGAUGAUGGUGCAAACUGAAGGAAGACACUGUGAGUCAAAGAGCCAUCGAUUCAAAGGAAUGUGUAUGAGUGAUCAUAACUGUGCUUCAGUUUGUCAUGUUGAAGGUUUUCCAGGUGGUAAUUGCAGGGGAUUCCGUAGACGUUGCUUCUGCAAAAAGCGUUGUUAACUUUUAUAGUUGGUGCAAAUGCAAACCCCUUAUAAUCACUUAUGUGUCUUGUUUUAUUUUCUUAAUACUCUCCUAAUGCUUUUUUGGUUGUG